AUGGAAGACUCGACCCCCCUGAAACAAAAAAUAGAACACCAAGAACUUGGGGAAACAGAGCGGCCGUGGGAAGAAAUGGUAACAACCUCCCAAGAUCCUGAACCCGGGUUAUCCGAGGCCUCCGAGUCGGAGCAGAGGCCGGAAACUGGACCCCAGCCCAGGAGCAGCCCUCCUGGGAUCCCCCAAUCUGGAGCCAGCACGCCUGUGGAUGACCUCGUAGGACCAGGUGUGUCAUCUCCACCUUCCCCAUCUCAGGAGCCCUCUUCCACCCCUCCUCCCCUGGCUCUGGCCGUGCAGGACCUUAUGGCACCAUGGCAGUCACACAAGACCACUCGUGUGAUUUCUGAAGCUGGGACACCUCACUGUGACCAUCUGGAACAAUCACCUGAUAAAGGAGAAUCAACUCCUCAUCAAACAUGCCAAUCAGAGGGAAACACUUUUCAUCAAUCUCAGCAAGCCAAAUGUCACCUGUAUGGACCGAGGGAUGUGAGCUACAACAACUCUAAACGGAAAGAGCUGAGAUUUGACAUGUUUCAAGAAGAAGACUCAAACAGUAACUAUGAUCUGGAUCGGCCUGAGUCUGGGGCUUCUGAAGUGGCCCCCAGUAUGCUUGAGAUUGCCAUUCAGAAUGCUAAGGCUUACCUACUAAAGUCCAGUAGCAAGUCGGGCUUAAAUCUAUAUGAUCAUCUUUCUGAAAUGCUGACCAAGGUCUUAGAUAAGCGUCCUGAAAAUGCUGUGGACAUCAUUGAAAAUGUUAGCCAAGAUGUGAAGAUGGAACAUUUUAGUAAAAAACUGGAUACACUCCAAAAUGAGAAUGAGAUGCUUCCAACCUAUGAAAUAGCAGAGAAGCAAAAAGCUCUUUUUCUCCAGGGAAAUUUAGAAGGAGCUGAACAAGAAAUGGAAGAUGAAAUAGCAGAACACUCUCUUCCAAAUGUAAUGGAGUCAGCCUUUUAUUUUGAACAAGCUGGAGUUGGUUUGGGCACAGAUGAGACUUAUCGCAUAUUUCUUGCCCUCAAGCAGCUUACUGACACUCACCCAAUCCAAAAAUGUCGUUUCUGGGGUAAGAUCUUAGGUCUGGAAAUGAAUUAUAUUGUAGCUGAAGUGGAAUUCCGUGAGGGAGAAGAUGAAGAGGUGGAAGAGGAAGAUGUACCUGAAGAGAGGGACAAUGGAGACAGUGAAGCUGAUGAAGAUGAAUUACCAAGGUCCUUUUACAAGGCCCCACAGGCUAUUCCAAAGGAAGAAAGCAGAACAGGUGCCAACAAAUAUGUCUAUUUUGUUUGCAAUGAACCAGGAAGACCAUGGGUGAAGUUACCAGAAGUUACACCUGCACAAAUUGUUAUUGCAAGAAAAAUCAAGAAAUUUUUCACUGGGCGAUUGGAUACCCCCAUCAUAAGCUACCCACCCUUCCCAGGAAAUGAGAGUAAUUACUUACGAGCACAAAUUGCCAGAAUUUCAGCAGGGACUCAUGUCAGCCCUCUAGGAUUCUACCAUUUUGGUGAAGAAGAAGGAGAAGAGGAGGAAGAAACAGAAGGCAGGCGAGAUAGCUUUGAAGAAAACCCUGAUUUUGAAGGCAUCCAAGUGAUUGAUCUAGUGGAAUCCCUAUCCAAUUGGGUUCAUCAUGUACAACAUAUACUCCCUCAGGGUCGCUGUAAUUGGUUCAACCCCAUACAAAAAAGUGAAGAGGAAGAAGAAGCAGAAGCAGAAGAAGAAGAAGAAGAAGAAGAAGAAAGAGGAGAAGAGCCUGACUACAUAGAACUGGAAGUAGGGCCUCCUCUCUUGACACCAAUCUCUGAAGAUUUAGAGAUCCAGAAUAUACCGCCUUGGACAACACGGUUAUCCUCAAAUCUCAUUCCUCAAUAUGCUAUUGCAGUCCUUAGAUCCAACCUUUGGACUGGAGCAUAUGCCUUUUCCAAUGGCAAAAAGUUUGAAAAUUUCUACAUAGGCUGGGGUCAUAAAUAUAGUCCAGACAGCUAUACACCUCCAGUUCCACCACCAGUUUAUCAAGAGUACCCCAGUGGACCAGAAAUUACAGAAAUGGAUGACCCUAAUGUGGAAGAGGAGCAGGCUUUCAGGGCUGCACAAGAAGCAGCUGUAAAUUCAACAGAGGAAAAUGAAGAAACUGAGGAAGAUGAAGAUGAGGAAGAUGACUAUGACUAA